AUGACGGAGGAGUCAAGCAAGCAGAAAAAGGAACCAGUGGCAGCAGCAGAUAACCAAAUACCAUCUACAAUCCCAGACCUCAACAAAACGACAACACACACCAAACAAGGCAAGAGUAUUGAUGAAAGUCCUGAUGAGAAUUCUGAUGAGAACCAUGGCUUUCUGUCCUUUGAACUCAGGGAUCCUGUCACACCCAACUGCUGCUUGGCCUCUUCUUGCAAUGACCAAGUCCAAGAGAGCAAUCUGAAGCACCAGGCAAAGGUGUUUGUGGCAAGAUGGAGUUUUUAUGCAAAAAACUUUGUACUAAGAGAGAAGUGCACACUUGCUCCCAAUUCUGUUGCGACUGCCCUUGUUGGAAAUUCUACAAGGAAUUCCUACUUCCAAAGGAGAAUUGCAUUGCUCUCCCCCCAUCCAAGUUGUGAUGGACAAGAUCUUGGGAGACAAAGAAUAUGCAUCCAAGAAGAUCCGUUGGCAUUGUAG